AACCCUAAUAGACGACGAGUUUCGGUGGACUCGGAGAACACCCAAGCCGGCGCCUGCCCCAGCUACAUGAUUGAGUAAUACCCGCGCGUACUGACGGACGCUAAUUAAUGCUAGGAACCUACAAGUAGAGAUGUUCCUUUCCCCACCGCAAAAAAGACAUAUACCAUACCGCCCAACAUCGAUAUCUAUAUUCGCAACCGCACCAUCUCUCAAGUUCUCCCGCGAUACGUCCAUCGUCCCUCCUCCCAAAAACAAAGCUCUGCGUCCGAAGAGCCUCUCUACCUUGUAUGACUCUAUCGGGGCCCGGUUUCCUAGCCAACACCUGGCACACCGCCAAUCCUUAUUCGAUCAGAAAAUACAUAUCAGAUUUCUCUACUACAUAUAUACAUACGUGGUGUGCCUAACCAAGACCCAAAAAAUUGAUAAAGAGUACAAUACUAAAAUUGUGUCAUACAAAGGGAAAGAGUGUGUGUGUUAUACAGUUAUAUUACAUGCGUGGGUGUCUGUGGGAAGAGAGCAUAAAAGAUCUAUUAACGGCAGCAAGAAAAGAGGGGGGGACGGAAGAGCGGGGAUGACAUGAUCCGCACACAGCCGAGUCGAGGUCGGUUAGAAUCUUUUCGGGUUUUCGUUUCUCAAAGCAGGGUGGUCGUCGCGUGGGUAAAGAACACAAAGUGGAAAGUGGAAGAAAAAACAAAGAUCGUAAUGGGGCGUGGGUAGAUGAACGGUAUAUGCCAGAAAGAUGUAGGAUAGAUAACAAACGGACACUCGGCAGACAGAGAGAGAUGGACGAAAGCGGCCAUCAUAGCAGUUUUGAUUGCUUGAGGUGCUGUCGAAUGACCAUGUCUCGGACUAUAAUGUACAAUCAGUAUCGUACCACAUGCUGGUUGA